AAGGCGCAGGCGCUGCCUCUCCCUCUCCGUGCCCCUGCCCUUUCCGUUUCCGCCGCCGUUUCCGCCGCCAUGAUCGGGGAUCUGCUGCUCUGCGGGACGCUGCUGGUGAACGCCGGCGCCGUGCUCAACUUCAGGCUGAGGAAGAGAGACACGGAGGGAUUCGGCGAGGAGUCCCGGGAGCCGACAACCGGUGAUAAUAUCAGAGAGUUCUUGCUGAGUCUUAGGUAUUUUCGAAUCUUCAUUGCCUUGUGGAAUGUCUUCAUGAUGUUCUGUAUGAUUGUGUUAUUUGGAUCUUGAAAGUCAUCCACAAAUAUGGCUGUUAACUUGGAAGAGACUUUUGGCUGGAAACGUAACUUUUCUAUAAAGUAAAAGAUGAUAACGCUUUCAAAAUACAGCCCUGGGACUGUGGCCUGCUCUUCGGUACAAACUCCUAACACAUUCAAGGGACAGGACACGUUCAUCCUCCUCAGCCAGUCAUGUAAUAAUGUGGCAUAUGCUGGUUCGCUUGCUCCGGGGAGCGAGCCUUUAGGCCCCUGAACCAAAAUCUUCAAAGUAUUUCAACCUCAUUGAAAUAAAGAGAACUUUAAAGUGGUUAGCUAGGCUUAGAGUGCGGCGCCUAGUAUGCAGGGUAGAAUUGCGGCACGACUGAAGACCACAACCGUAAAACUCUGCAUUGUUGGUCACUCCCAGCUCUUGAUGUGUCUGCUAAUGUCACCAUUGUCUAGGUCACUUGGAAGUCACACUUCUUGAUUGUCGUUUUUGUAAAGUAGAGGGAAGUAUUCCUGUAACUUUGAAAAAACUUUUCAUUUUUUCCUCAGUAUUCCAUUUUUCUUUGGAGAAACAGAAAAGGAUUAUUUAAAAAAAAAAAAAAAAGAUUAUCACUUUCUCACAUUUUUCCUAACAAAACGCUUUUCAAAUUAAAAUUUCAAAGAUUUUUUUUUUCCUAAGCAAUAUGGAAGGGAUUUUGAAUAGAUAAAUAGCAAAACUAAUUCUAUAAGCCAAUCCUACAGUUUUGGAAUCAGUUUGGAUUUGGUUGAAUAAAGAUGUUCUAUUUAAGAGUAAAAA